CGACCGACGCAAGUUUCUCCGCCGUAUGCACAAGUCACAAGUGAAAGGCAAAAAAUCAUUUGGUUUUGGCGCCGUAACGAAACAAAGGAAACUAAACAGUGGUAAGGCACAAGGCACAAGCAAGCAAAUUCAGUAGACGAGGAAUUAGGGUUACUAGAGAUGGUCAUGGGGCUACGAAGAUUCACUGAGAGAAUCGGAGAGGGUGCAGGAGAACCAAUUCUGGAUGCUGACAACGGUGAAGAAUUGAUGCAUGUUCAACCGGGAGUUGCCAUCGUUCUCGGCAACCGAGCUCCUGAGUCUGUCGGAACCUUGUACAUCACCACCAAGCAAGUAGUGUGGUUGAGCGACGUAGAAAAGGAGCGAGGUUACGCCGUCAAUUUCUUGUCGGUGUCACUGCACGCUGUAUCCAGGGAUCCGGAAGCGUAUCCCUCUCCUUGUAUCUAUACUCAGAUUGAAACGGAAGAUGACGAUGAUGAAGACUCAGAAGGAUCAGAUUCAGAAUGCAAUACCCUUGAUUUAUCCAAGAUCACUGAGAUGAGGCUUGUUCCAUCUGAUCCCAGCCAAUUGGAUUCCCUCUUCAAUAUAUUCUGUGAGUGUGCGGAGCUAAAUCCUGAUCCUAAUGAAGAGAUAGAGGAAGAACACAACUGGAUUUUUAGUGCUGAUCAAAUGGAAGAUGAUAAUGCAGCCACAGAUGGAGUGGAUGAUUCUGAAUGUCUACUCUCUGAAAAUCCUGCUAACCCCAUAGGAUACUCAAAUGGCAAUCAUGACCUAGCCCGUACAGUGCUUGAGCUUCAGAUUAAUGAUCAACGUUUUGAGGAUGCAGAGGAAAUGGAUCGCGACACAAAUGGUGGUCACUAGUAAAUUUUCUGUCUUCUCAGUUUCUCAUCACUAAUGCCUCAGUAGCAGGAUUCGAAACUGCACCAUCGCUGGGACAAUUCAUCCGGUGCACCAACUAAGCUACCCCUCAGUUGGUGGCAAAUGGUCUGGUUUAUUAGCAAAAGCAUUCCUUCACCUGUCGCAACUCGCAAGUAUAUGAUUGCAGACCAUUUAUAAGACCAUUCUUUAUUGAUUGAUAGGCGUAACACAAAUUUCAAUGUUCAAUGCACGUUAUUAGUUCACCUCCAUUAAGAGAUGAUCAUCAUCAAUAGUGGCAGCUUCUUUGCAUUCAGGGGGAGUCAUGUUCUUCCGAGUUGCAAAUUCCCUACAUAUUACUAUCAGAUCUCGUGUAAAUGCAUCUCUAAAUCCCAAUCAAGGUUCAAAGUAUGGGUACGUGUGAUGCACAAAAAUUGAUUAUUAUGCUAUUUAAAGGGGUGA